UCCCACUCUCAAACUUUUUCACACCUCUCUCUCUCUCUGUGUUUGUGAGUUUGCGAAGAAAAUACCCAGUUUAGAAAUGAUGUUCACUGAAGGAUUGGAUGAGUCUGCAAUCAGCUGGAUCAAACAGGGCUCUGAUGUAAAAAAAUCUCAGAGCAGAUCCCCGUUAACUGAUAAACUUGGCGAAAAGUACGCAAUUCCGAGGUCCCCUUUAGCGUACAGUAAUAGUAGUUCACAUGUUUUGCCGCCCUUGAAGUUCCACUCUGGACUUUUGGGUGCUCACAAUACUGUCGCUCUAAGCACGGACAGCAACGAAGAUGAGUAUGAGGACGAGGACGAUUAUGAUGGUGAUGAUAACGAUAGCGAGAGCGUGGCUUCGGCCCCAGAUGAGCUUCAUUUGCACUACUCUGAUGAAGAGAUUUUUAACUUGAAGUCCAAAAUGAAUUCGAAUCCAGGAUUGGGCCUUAGGCCUACGCUGAUUAGAGGGCUUUCCAAGGAGAAUCUUCGGAUUGAAGUGCCCGGGAAUACUAAGAGAUUUAUUGAUGGUGAUUCAAUGUUUCUGGGAAGUGCGACGAGUCUUGCUUCUGGUUCCCUUUCGAAUUGUCAGCUUCGAGGAAAAGUCCAACCGCAUAGUGCCUAUGCUACACCGAUUGGCAAGCUGGUUGAUGAGUUGGGGACCCCCAGUGCCCCUCCCAUUAUUGUAGAUAUUGGAACAGAAGAACAUCACUCUGAAGUUGCAGAGGCAUCUGGGAGAAUGGCUGGAAUUGAGCAUGUUACUGAUGAAAUAAAUACGUUGAAUGAUGACGGGAUAACUAUGCAGGCGUUCAGUGGAAGUAAACAAGUCUUGUCAGAGAGAAUAAAUUCUGCAACUUUCCAAGGGCAAGAUAAAGCAAAUAUAGGGGAGAUGGAACCAAAGGCCUGUUUCCAGCAAGCUAACGCAGUCGAACAUUCACUACAUUAUGACACCAGCGGUCAAAAUGCAUGGCAAGUGCUCCUAGCUUACGAUGCUUGCAUUCGACUAUGCCUAAAUUCAUGGGCAAGAGGUUGCACGGAAGCACCUGAAUUUUUACGUGAUGAAUGCAAGCUACUUCGAAGUGCCUUUGGACUACACAAACUUUUGUUGCAACCACGGCAUGUUCAAUCAACAGAAAGGAUCAACAAAACUACAGAACAAGCACUGCCCAUGAAAGUAAGAAAGGCAGUUGGAAAGAUGCGCGUGGAAGUUAGAAAACUCAGAGUCUUACCACGGAGGAAGCUUAAGAGCGCAAAUUCACUUAGGGGAGCAAUUUACAUGCAAGUGGGUGCAGACUAUGUCCGGCAUGUUUCAUCGGUAGUGAAGAACCGAAUCAGCUCGCUCAAACUUCAUUCACUUGUGUUGGCGUCUGAAGAUUCACUUUCGUGCUUGGUUCUCUUGAGAAGUGCAACGGAAGAUACUCAAGUUGAUCCAGGUUCUGCUGUUUCCUUGAGGCCAGGAACUGGUGACUACCAUGACUUUUUUCCCGAGAAUCAAGGUGAUGCCCUUUUGGUUGAAGUCCAGGAUUCUAAGAAAAACAUUCUUGGUCAAGCUACAAUUCCAAUUUCAUCCACGCUUGAUAACCUUAAUGAUAAGCUCCGGUGGUGGCCAAUUUACCUCGAAGAUCAUGAGUGUGUCGGGAAGGUCCAGCUUUAUAUCAAUAGUACUUUCACAAGUGAUGAGAUGACACAUCUAAAGAGUGGACCUAUUGUGGAGACUCUUGCGUAUGAUCUGUUGCUCGAGGCUGCAAUGCGUGCUCAACAAUUUUCUGCACGAAACUUGGGGAUAGACGAACCCUGGAAAUGGUUGCUGGCUGAAUUCUCAGAUUAUUACGGAGUCUCGGAUUCAUAUACUAAACUGAGAUAUCUUUCGCAUGUCAUGGAUAUUGCCACUCCAACAAAAGACUGUCUAGAGCUCGUGCAUGAGUUACUUGUGCCAGUCAUAAAGGCCAGAAGUGAAAAAAGUUUAACGAGACAAGAGAAAACCAUAUUGCUGGAUUGUGAAACACGUGUAGAGAGUCUAUUGGCAGACGUGUUUGAGAACUACAAAUCAUUAGAUGAAAAUUCUCCUACUGGGUUGGCAGACAUCUCAGCUCCCAUACCAGAAACCGCAGCACCAGCACUUGCUUCUGCAGUGCAUGUUUACACGCUUCUUCAUGAUAUUCUUGCCCAAGACUCUCAGACAAUCCUCAAAAACUAUUUACAGACAGCAGCUGCAAAGAGGUGUAGAAAGCACAUGGUGGAAACUGACGAGUUUUUGUCAACAAGUUCAGAAGGUUUCGUUAUGGAUUCAGUAACUAUCUCAACGGCAUAUGCUAAGAUGAAGAACCUCUGCAUCAACAUAAGCAAUGAAAUCCAGGCAGAUAUCAAAAUUCACAAUCAGGACAUACUACCAAGUUCAAUUGACCUCUCAAGCAUCACGACAUCAGUCUACAGCACUGAGUUGUGUAAGAGACUUAGAGCUUUUCUUGCUGCUUGCCCUCCAUCAAGUCCCAUGCCACAUGUAAAUGAGCUUCUGGUAGCAACUGCCGAUUUUGAGAGGAAUCUAGAGUUAUGGAAGAUCAGCAUGGUGCAAGGUGGGGUAGACUCAAGAAGCUUGUACCACAAUUAUAUAAUGGUUUGGGUGGAGGACAUGCAACUUAAUUUACUCGAACUCUGCAAGGCAGAGAAGGUGCCAUGGUGUGGAGUAAUUACAAAUUAUUCAACCUCACCAUUUGCUGAAGAAAUGUUUGAGAAAGUCAAACAAAUGUUACUCGAGUAUGAAGUAGUGAUUCAUCGGUGGCCUCAGUAUACGCUGGUCUUGGAGAAUGCGGUUGCAAAUGUCGAGAGAGCGAUUAUAAAAGCACUGGAAAAACAGUAUAGUGAUAUAUUGACUCCCUUGAAGGAUAGUGUUCCCAAAAGGCUUGGCAUGCAAGUUCAGAAAUUAGCAAGAAGGCAGUCAACUACUCUAUAUUGCAUCCCAAAUCAGCUGGGGACUUUCCUGAAUACUAUGAAGAGAAUUCUGGAUGUUCUCCACUGUCAAGUUGAAGAAAUUCUGAAGUCAUGGGCAUCCUACCUGCCUGGCAAUGGAGACAGGAAAACAACAUUUGGGGAGCAGCUGAAUGGAAUUACUGUUUUGCUGAGAACUAAAUACAAAAAUUACGUGCAGGCAAUUGUUGUCAAGCUUGCUAGCAAUAUGCAAGCCAACAGGAGCACACGGUUGCAAAGGAUCCUAGAGGAGACUAAAGAAGCCGAUGGAGAGGCUGAAAUCCGUGAAAGAAUGCAAAUGUUAAGCACACAGCUCUCGGAUUCCAUAUGCAACUUGCAGGAGGUGUUUACAAGCCGAAUAUUCAUUGCAAUCUGCCGGGGAUUCUGGGACAAAAUGGGACAGAUUGUAUUGAAAUUUCUGGAGGGCAGAAAAGAAAAUCGAGUCUGGUAUAAUGGAUCAUAUCAUGCUCUUGGGAUUUUGGACGACAUUUUUGCAUCCCAGAUGCAGCGAUUGCAAGGAAAUGCUCUUCAAGAGAAAGAUCUCGAGCCCCCUCGCUCAAUAGUUGAAGCUCGAUCUAUUCUUUCCAGAGACACAACUAAUGGCCCAGACUCAUCAAACUACUUGUAUUUCUAAGCAAACAUGCAUUGCAUGGCUGCUUGCUUUUUGUGCUGUCCAUAUAUUGUUUUGUACCUAAAAUGCAUAUUCUUUUGUAAACUUUACUUAAUAAAGUUAAGGUAAUAAAUAAUUCUUUGAUUCA